UUUAAAAAAUAAUAUAAAAAUACAAGGUUCAAGUCUCCCUUCAUUCUUACCUUCCUCAGUAUAAGGCUGCAGCUCAUUUGUGUUGAAGGAAUUAGCAGCUGCUUGUUGUUUAGAUCAAAAGUCUACAAUUGAAGAAAUUAGAUCCACAAUCAGACAAAUGGAAUUUCCUUUCGGUCACAGCCACACUCACAGUGACCACCAUAGAAAUGAUGAUGAAGAAAACCAGGAAAGACCACCACCACAUCAUCAUCAUCACCACCAUGAGUUUACUCCACCAUCUCAGCACUAUCCACCACCAUCAUACUACCAACAACCUGGCUUUGAUGAACCAUCACCACCACCACAACCACCAUCAUCAUACUUCCAGCAACCUGGCUUUGCAGCACCCCCAUCAUACCAACCACCAUCAUAUCACCACCAAGAAACUGAAUUUCCACCGCCACCAAGCCAUGUGACCCAUGUCCACCACAGUGGUGGUAGCUACCAGCCUGAACACUCACCAGGCCAUCAUUCUUUUGUUCCCCACUUGCCAUUCCUUCACCAUCAAUCCGAUUCUGGUUCUGUUUCUGAACUCUCCAAGAAACCCACUGUUAAAGUCUAUUGCAAAGCUGAUCCUAAUCUUCAUCUUACCAUCAGAGAUGGUAAGGUUAUUCUUGCUCCAUCUGAUCCCUCUGAUAAGUUCCAGCAUUGGUACAAAGAUGAGAAGUUCAGCACAUCAGUGAAAGAUGAAGUGGGUUUCCCCAGCUUUGCUCUGGUUAAUAAAGCCACUGGUCAAGCAAUUAAACAUUCCAUCGGAGCUUCUCAUCCUGUCCAACUGAUACCUUACAAGCCAGAUCAACUUGAUGGGUCAAUACUAUGGAGUGAGAGCAAGGAAGUGACUGAUGGCUAUAGAGCUAUAAGAAUGAUUAAUAACAUUCGCCUGAAUGUGGAUGCUUUCCAUGGUGAUAAGAAAUCUGGUGGAGUCCAUGAUGGUACUACUAUUGUGCUCUGGCAAUGGAACAAGGGAGAUAACCAGAUAUGGAAGAUUGUACCAUAUUGAUCCUUGUAAUAUGGUGUUGCCAGUUCUGGAUUGAAUCUGUGUCGUGCCUGUUGAUGAAUAGCUUGGAAGGAUCAUCCCUAUGCUUUAUCUUAUUCAGGUUUUUUGUGUGUUUUCAUUCCAUAUCUUAAAAUCUAUAUGUGUGGAGAGGCCUACUGCCAGUUUACUUCGGAUAAAAUUAUAUCAUCCCUGUUAUAAACUAGUGUGGAGUCCCGCUCACAAUAGCCCUAUAUGAGAUUGUGGCGUUACAACUAGUGUGUGGAAAAAAGCAAUAAAGAAUAUCUGCUGCAGAGUUUCUGUGAAUGACUGCAAAAUUUGCCUAAUCAUAUUUGACAUUGUAGUUUCUCUAUUAUAUGCACUUCUGUGCGCAUUAGUCUUUA